AUGAGCUUAGACGAUGAUCUCUCACUAUCAUUUGCAUCGAGUAUGGGCAUUGGGAAUAUACAAGACGAGUAUCUAGACCGCUCCAACUUAUACACAGACUUGGACCAGCUUGAAAAAUCAGUCGAUGCAGAAUUUGAAGAAUACAUGAACAGAGCACGCUCAUUUCCAUUCAAGCAAGACAACAAGCCAUUAGACAAUGUCUCUGUUCAUUCCGACUAUGAGAUAGUGGGGGACAAUCCAGCGAAUCAAGAUGUUGAUCAAGAGGACAUGGAUGAUGGCGAUAAUGAUUCCUGGCAGCGUUAUUUAGCAAACAGACAUUCAGACGAGCAUUAUAUUCCACUGGGAGGUCCAAGCUUCUCAAAAAGUCAUAGUCGGUCAACGUCUCCAGGUGAAUACUUUGGCGCUCGUUCUUUGCCAUUUGAUUAUGAUUGGCAAAAACAGACUGACGAAGAGGAAGAGCAGGAGGAGGAGGAGGAGGAGGAGGAGGAGGAGCAAAUUGACAAUAAUACACAUUCAUCAUAUAGAAGCAGCAGCAGGAGUCGACAGAAAACCGCCAUCCAAACAUCAUUGGAUUCAAGAUUUAUAAGCCUGCCGAAAUCCUUGGGCAUCUACCCCAAAUACGAGCUGCCCGACAUAGAAUUACACCACCCAUAUACCCAGAAGCAGACGUAUUCAAACGGGUUCUCUGUUUCGUCCACCCGUCAACAAUGCUCACCCAGAGAACAACAGCAACGACAACGGCAACGAGAGCUGCAACAGCAACUCCAGAAUGCACAAUCAGACAACAGCGACUACCAUCAGAAAAGGGCUCCGUCAUCAUCAAACACCAGCACCGAAUCCUCUUCCCAUGCUCCUUUAUCAUUAUACGCUAUCGAACCCGCCUCUCCUCUUCAGUUUCUCUGCGAAAUAUCACCGAAAACCAUCUACGCCAAAGUGAUUCAUUUGAAAAUAGAAAACACCAGUUCGACAUCUGUGAGGAACUUUUCAUUAUUUUCAGCCAAAAACAUGCUUGAUUUUGAGAUGAGUGAAGGUUUGGUUUUGGAGCAUGAGGUAGUAGAGAUCAAGAUCAAGAUUCAAUCCAGCGCUUUGGUUCAGUAUCAGCGACAGCAUUAUCUCAAAGAUGAUUAUCCACCCUUGUCUGACAAAAUUCUGGUGCUGAUAGAUCAUCGACAUGUAAACGAGUUGGAUGUACAGAUCGAUUUCAUAGCGCUGGAAGAUCCAGAUCCAGAAGAAGUGCAGCAAGAGACGGAUGCAACUGAGGAACUAGAUAAAGAACGACAGCAACAUGUGAAUGAGCAUAACCUUUUGUUAUCCCAUCGACCCAAAUGCCGAUUCUGUGCACUAGAAAAGGGCUACCCACUGUAUAACCUGUAG